AUGGCGUCAACCAAAUACAUCAACCGUCCAGUCCCCCAAAUAUCACUCGCCGAUUUUGAGAAUCGGAUAGAUCAAAUAACUGCGGAGUUAGUUGAUGCGGCAGAGAACGUCGGGUUCUUUACGCUAGUUAACCAUGGCCUCUCAAAGGAGGAUAUCGAAUCCAUGUUUACGACAUCGAAGAGCUUCUUUGACCUCUCCUACGACAUCAAGAAAACCGUGCCCUGGAAUGCCAAUAAUGUGGGAUGGGAAAAGAACUCACAAAUUCGACCAUCUACUGGAAAGCCCGACAGCAAGGAAUCAUAUCAGUUGCAGUAUGGGGAGAAUAUGAAGGGGCUUUGGGUUGCGGACGAGCACUUCGCAGGGUUUCAAGCUACUUCCCUGGAGUUUAUGCAUCGCGUGCAGAAAAUUUCCGAAGAUCUAAUGCGAUGUUUUGCCCGAGGCCUGGGAUUCCCUGAUGAAUUCUUCAUCAAAUGUCACGAUGUGGCUCGACCAGACUCUCAAACCACAAUGCGAUUACUUCAUUAUUUUGCGCUUCCGGAGGAGUCCGAUGGCAAAGUUUAUCAUCGCGCAGGGGCACAUGCUGAUUGGGACUUUUUGACUCUACUCUUUCAGAAAGAGGGCCAGAGUGGGCUGGAAAUUUGCCCGGGGCGCGAAUCGGUCACCGAGUUCGGCAUUGGGGAUGGGUGGACCAAGGUGGAGGCGAAAACGGGAGAGAUCGUUUGUAAUAUUGGGGACUUACUCAUGUCUUGGUCGGAUGAUCGAUUCAAGUCGACCUUUCAUCGAGUCAAAGCACCAUGCGAGCCAGGCGACUAUUUUGGGGAUCGGUACAGCAUUGCAUAUUUCAACCAGCCUUGCAAGGAUGCAUUGAUCCAAGGGCCGUUGAAGAAAUACCCAAUGGUGACCGGGGCUCAGUUUACCGAUAGUGCGAUGAAGAGGAACUUCUCUGCUUUGCAGGAGAAAUUGAAAGAGGUCGCGGCGGCAUAA